GUUCAAUGACUAGGCGAUAGCCUAUAAAAGUCUGGCGCCACCCAUGUUCGCGUAAUAAUUCGUUACUAUGGCGAGUUUGAAUGUGCUUGUGUUUUUAAUGAUAGCGGCGACCAGUGCCGCCACACUUGUAUCCGAUGCUGAAGUGGAAGACUUAUUCACCAAGUUCGUGACUCGGCGGUUGACUGAGGAGGAAACCAAGAAGUUGAACGACGUGUUCGAAAUCCUGCGCAUGCCUGAAUACGUCACUAAGAGGUCGCUCGAGAACACAGGAAAUACGAGAAUGACCCUAGACUGCCUAGUGUGCCGGUCCGCCUUCGCGGCCCUAUUCUCCGGCGUGGAGGAAGGUCAGAGCAACGAGGAGAUCACCGAGUCCAUCACGGUUCUCUGCACGUCCAUAGGCAUCGAGAGCCAUGAUGUGUGCAAGGGCGCAGUCGGAUUAAACAUGCCAAUCCUAACAUACAUAAUAAAGAACACCCCCGAAGCGACCCCGAGGACAUUCUGCGGUCUGCUCCUGCAGGCGGCGGGCGACCCUAAUGUCUGCGUGUAUAAGGACCCGAGGUUCGAAUGGCAGGUGGAUCUGCCUGACCCUGUCACAGUGGAAGCGACACCAGUCACUGACACCACUCCUCUCACCGUAGCCCUAAUCACUGAUGCCCACAUCGACCCCUUAUACGAGCCAGGCGGCGCCGCAUACUGCGGAGAGCCCACCUGCUGCCGCAAGGGCCAGACCACCUCGCAGGCCUUCGAGUACCACUCCAGCUUGGACACUUCCAUUUACGAACAAACUAUCAUAAAGAAAGAUGGGAAGGUCGCCCUGGAUUUGAGUAUGUCGCAGAAAAUACGGGAAACUCGAGCUUUAACGCAGACAAGGUACAUGCCUGGAAGAAAUCACGCCCCCGCCGGUUACUGGGGAGACUAUAGGAACUGUGACACGCCGCCAUGGGCCUACGAUGACGUCAUUGACAGGAUUGCUGAAACACACAAGAACAUCGACGUAUUAUACUACAUCGGGGACUCAAUCGACCACUUCGUUUGGGAGACAACGUACGAGCUGAUAAACGAGAUGAACAAGCACGUGGUCGACAAGAUCAGGAGCAGCCUCGGAGACAAUGUGCUGGUCGUGCCUACUAUUGGCAAUCAUGAGUCACAGCCGACUAACCAAUUUGCCCCAGCCUCUGUAACCGGUGACAAAAUCAACACGACCUGGUUGUACGAGGCCCUAGCCGACAAGUGGGACUUCUACUUGCCCGAGGGUGCCAAGGACACUCUGACGGAGCGCGGGGAUUACUCCGUGCUUAUCAGACCAGGGCUGAGGGCCAUCUCGCUCAAUAACAACGUGGCUUAUAAGUAUAACUGGUGGCUAGUGUACGAUCCUCUUGACGCCAAAAAACAUUUAGAUUGGCUCGUGGACGAGCUUUACAAGGCGGAGCUGGCCGGCGAGAAAGUGCAUAUAGUGACACACAUCCCACCUGGCGUCUCUGAUCUCACGCACACAUGGACUAGGGAAUACAACAGGAUUGUUAACAGGUUCGCGUCAACAAUAACCGCAGAAUUCAACGGGCACACGCACUCGGACGAGUUCAAGAUAUUCUACAGCCCGGAGGGGCGCGCGGUGCGCGUGUCGUGGGGCGCCGGCAGCGCCACCUCCUACGCCAAUUACAACCUCAACUACAAAAUCGCGACCUUCGAUCCUGCCACUUAUGAACCAAUCAACAUCGUGAACUACAUCUACAACCUAACCGAAGCUAACUUAACGCCAAACCGUCGCCCCCACUGGUUCCAACUCUACGACCUCAAGCAGCGGUUCCAACUGGCCGACCUGUCCCCAGCUUCCAUGGAUGACCUCGUCACGCGGAUGGUCACAGACAACAAACAGCUGCUGGACUUGUACGCGGCCUUCUUCUCUAAACUCAGCGACACUAGGUGGCCGUGGUGCAACACAGAUUGCAAACUGGACUAUCUGUGCAGAACGGUUAUCACAGUGUUGUGGGAAAGGCAAAAGUGUCAUGAGUUGCAGGCAUUGUACUACGUUUGACGAAUUACAUUUUCAAUAACAAUACGA